AUGCCAUUGCAGCCACGAAGAAGUGAUCCAAGGAAGGACAGAACAGGACGUUCAGAGAAGACAAGACGAGACCGGCCUCCUCGUAUCGGAAUCCCCUCCAUCACAUCAGCCCCGCUGCAGGUGUUCGCCACCGUCUUCGGGUGCACAUCGGCUCAGCAUCCCGACGAAAGGCCUCCGCCAGCCGGCCCGCGGAGCUAGCGAAACAGCAUGGCCCUCCACUCCUCCUCCUCCAUGCUACUCAGAGUCCACAGCCGACACGGGCUCUUCUUCGGUGGAGCCUGGAAAGCCAGCAAGCUCUCGUCGGCGCAAGGUUCAACUGCGGCCCGCCAUAAGAGCACCAUCCAGUAUGCGUCUCGUCCCGACCUGCCUCGCCUGGCGUUCCGGCGUGUUCCGGGUAAGAGCCCGGGCGUUCUCUUCCUGCCGGGGUUCGCCUCCAACAUGGGAGGACAGAAGGCCGAGGCCCUCGAGGAGUUCUGCCAGUCACUAGGACACGCCUACCUACGGUUCGACUACACGGGCUGCGGGUCGUCGGAGGGCAACAUGGCAGAGUGCACCAUGGGAACCUGGAAGAAGGACGUGCUGUACGUACUGGACGAGCUGGUGGAGGGACCGCAGAUCCUGGUUGGCUCCAGCAUGGGGGCGUGGCUAAUGCUACUCGCCUCAUUGGCCCGUCCGGACAAGAUCGCCGCCCUAGUGGGCAUCUCCACCGCUGCAGACCACUUUGUCACCGCCUUCAAUGCACUUAACAUAGAGGCCAAGAAGGAGAUCGAGGAGAAGGGCGCCUGGACGAUACCCAAUCGGCAUGCAGAAGACGGUCACGUGACGCUGAGCCUGGACUUCCUGAAAGAGGCGGAGAAUCACUGCGUUCUACAGAGCCCCCUCCCCCUCUCCUGCCCCGUACGACUCAUACACGGACUCAAGGACGCAGACGUACCCUGGCACAUAUCCAUGCAGGUGGCGGAGCGUGUGUUGAGUAAUGAUGUUGACGUGAUCUUGCGUAAGCAUGGGCAGCAUCGCAUGACGGAGAAGGACGACAUCAAGCUGAUCGUCUACACCAUAGAUGACCUCAUCGACAAGCUGACCACCUCGGCCUGAGCAGCGCACUAACACACACACACG